AACCAUCGUGCUCUACUACCCAUUCGGUAAACACGUCGUCGUUGUUGAAAUUAAAAGUAAAGAAAUCUCUUGCUUAAAUGGACACAGAAGUGCAAAAGGUCUUGGAAAGGACAAAAGCUGCUGAGCAGGAAAUCAACCAUUUGGAAUCCGAACUGAAAGCAAUGCAACAGAAUAGUUCAAACGAUGAAAAUGAUCCAGCAAUAGAGGCUUUGAGGACAGAGAAUUCAAAGUUGAAGUAUCAAAGGAUGCAUCUACAGAGGGCGAUAAACGAACAGAGUAAAAACUCUGGCAAAAAUAUGACUAGUCUGAUAAAAAUAUUGAAAAACUUCUUUCAAGAGUCAUUAAACUCUAGCUAUCCUCAGCUAUCUCAUUGCACUGUAGAUGUAACACCAUCAACUAAAAUAACAUUUGGUGAUUACCAGUGUAAUAGUGCUAUGGCUCUCAGUGGGGAAAUGAAAAAGUUAGGAGCAAAAACAGCUCCAAGAGAGAUAGCACAGAAUCUUGUAGCUAAGCUUCCCCUAUCAAGCUCUGAAGUUAUUGAAAAAACUGAAAUUGCUGGACCUGGAUUUAUAAAUAUUCACUUGAAAAAUUCUUUUGUUUUAAGUGAAUUAACUGCUUUAAUUACUAAGGGUGUUCGACCACCCUACGUUGGUCCAACCAAGCGUGUUAUUGUCGAUAUGUCAUCACCAAAUAUCGCUAAGGAAAUGCACGUUGGUCAUCUCAGAUCAACUAUCAUUGGCGAUAGCAUUUCAAGGUUGUGCUCUUACGUUGGUCACGAUGUAUUAAAAUUGAAUCAUUUAGGCGAUUGGGGAACUCAAUUCGGAAUGCUUAUAACUCAUCUUAUUGAGAAAUUUCCGAACUAUAAAACUGAAAUGCCACCAAUUUCAGAUUUAAUGGAAUUUUACAGAGAAUCGAAAAAGCGCUUUGACAGUGAUGAAGAAUUUAAGAAGACUGCUUAUCAGAAUGUUGUACGCUUACAAGCUAAAGAGGAGGAUUAUUACAAAGCUUGGCUUCUAAUAUGUCAUGAAAGUUUUAAAGCUUUUAAUAAAAUUUACAAAUAUUUAGACGUGCAAAAUUUAGUAAAUAGAGGAGAAAGCUUUUAUCAAGAUCUUAUGAAAGAUACAGUAGAAAUGUUGGAUCGAAAUGGAGUAACAGAAAUAGACGAAGGACGUAAAAUUGCUUGGCCAACCGGAGAGAAAGGUCAGGGUGUUCCUCUAACUCUUGUUAAAUCGGAUGGAGGUUUUACCUAUGAUACAUCUGAUAUGGCUGCGCUCCGCCAUCGACUCUUCGAGGAGAAAGCAGAUUGGAUUCUGUAUUGUGUUGAUCAAGGCCAAAGCACUCAUUUCGAUGCCAUAUACCAAACCGCUCAAACUGCCGGAUGGUAUGAUCCAAAAGAGAAAAGAGUGGAACACGUUGGUUUCGGUCUGGUGCUGGGUGAUGAUAAGAAAAAAUUUAAAACUCGUUCUGGCGAUACAGUUCGACUACAAGAAUUAUUAGAUGAAGGCUUAAUGCGUUCCGAAAAGAAGCUGAAGGAAAACAAUCGAGAUUCGGUUCUAACUCCCGAGGAGUUCAAGGCAGCGAAGGAGGCAACGGCAUUCGGCUGUAUUAAAUAUGCCGAUUUAUCCCAUGUUCGAACUCACGAUUACGUUUUCAGCUUUGAUAGAAUGCUGGAUGAUAAAGGCAAUACGGCAAUUUAUCUAUUGUAUGCCUACACUCGUAUCCGAUCAAUCGUUAAGAAUACAAAUCUAUCAAAGGAAGAAAUUGAAAAGCUCGCAGCCAAUGCCACUGCCGAGAGUUUACCCAUUGACCAUCCGAGAGAAAUACGACUUGCAAAAUUUUUGCUUAAAUGGCCAGAAGUUAUAGAAACCGUAUACAAAACUCUAAUGGUGAAUUCAUUAUGCGAGUUUCUAUACGAAUUAGCUGGUGUUUUCACUGAAUUCUACGAAAAAUGCUACGUUGUUGAAAAAGACCGAACAACAGGAGAGAUCGUCAAGGUCAAUACACACCGUCUAUUGUUGUGCGAAGCGACAGCUAAUGUGAUGAGAGCCGGAUUUGACAUCCUCGGACUACAAGCUAUUGAUAAAAUGUAA